GGACAUCUCUCUCACACACACACACGCGCGCACAUUGCAUUGGAUUGCAUUGUCUCCGAUGGCAUCGGCUUCUCUCCAGUGGAUCUUCACACUGCUGAUAAUCCUGGUCAUCUUUCAGUGUGUGUUUGUGAUGUUUUACUACACAGCCGACAUACACUUGUCCAGAGAUGAGUUCACAAAGGGGUUUUUGAAGCUCCAUUGCGCAAAACUCAGAAGCAAUUUUUCCAUUAUCAAACCGGCCAAAAGUAUAAAUUUCGAAAGGUUCACGCAGGAGCUGUCAGAUUACAUGAGCUGCCCGUACAAAUAUAACCAAACUGAGCGGGAGCUGAACAGAAUCCGGUUGCAGUUUUGUUGUAACGCCACAGGAUCAUUCAUCCUCACCAAACGCAACACAGCCAUCACUCAAUUCAUCCAAUAUGAAACAAGCACAAAAACAUACAAAAUGAAAGCAGAACUCCACAAGAUGCUGCCUGAGGACAUCCCCUGGUCCGGUCGGCGUCUGGGUCGGUGUGCUGUGGUCGGCAGCGGUGGGAUUUUGAAAAACAGCAGCUGUGGACGUGAGAUUGACAACGCAGACUUUGUCAUUCGGUUUAAUUUGGCAGUGAUUAAUGACAGUGAUGUUGGGCUGAAGACGGAUCUGGUAACCAUCAACCCCAGUCAGAUCCGAUACAAAGACCUCGAGAAGAAUCCGGAUCCGUUGGUGGAGCGGGUCAGUGUGUACGGAAACGCCACCAUCAUUAUUCCAGCCUUCGCAUACAAGUUCUGCACAACUCCGUCAAUCAACGCGCUCAAAGUCCUCCAGCCAAUCAGACCUCAUCAGCCGGUGGUGUUCUUCAGCCCCUCUUACCUGCGGUCACUGGACCGGUUCUGGAAGGGGCGUGGCCUGCAGGAGGACCGCCUCUCCACUGGGUUUAUGCUAAUCAGCACUGCACUGGAACUGUGUGAGCAUGUUCACGUUUACGGAUUCUGGCCGUUCGAUAACGACCUGCAGGAUCAGCCGAUUCCAUACCAUUAUUACGACCUGAGCCGUCCGAGCUCCCACAGGCACAAGAUGCCGGAGGAGUUUGUGCGGCUACUGCAGCUCCACAGCCAGGGGGCGCUGACACUCCACCUGCUGCCCUGCGACUCACCAGAGACGGAUCGAGAAAAUAAUUUAUAGGGUUUGCAUGAAAACUAUCCCAGAUUGUUAAAGACAUCUUAGAUUGUUGGAUUUAAAUUUCCCAAAACCACUAGAAAAAUUAUAUUUGCACAAAUGUUUCCAAGAAUUUUUUAAUCCAGAGAAUUCCGCAAUUUUAUCUCAUUUGUGCCGCCUGAUUUCCGUUUUACUUCAGUUGUAGAAAACUUGGAAACACAAAAGAUGCUUUAAUGUGUUCCAUUAGACAGGCGAGCAACUGUUCGAGUAGGUUUAUCAACAGAAAAAUAACCAUUUGUUAUAUAGCUCAAAACGGUUGUUUGAAUCCCUUGUUUUAGUGAUUUACUGAGUACCAUGUUUGUACAAAGUGGCUAACACUACAAAAUCAGAAAGAGCUUUAUCUGUAGUAACAGCAUUUUCUUCAUCAUACAUACAUUUUUAAUUAAUUUCAUGCCAUUUAGAAACACGUCAUCCAGCUUUUUAUGAAUAAGAUAGGCUAUUCAAGUACCGAUCUAUCGCACUUCAAUACUAUUACAAUACAAGUGUCGCAGACACCAAGCGGAGGCACAGAGUAACAUUAUAACAAUUUUCAACACACUCAGAAGUAUUUAUAGUAUGAUUGUUUUGACCAAGAACCCCACAAUUGUAAGCACUUGCUGGCAGUUUCAUUAAAAUGAGAUAAAACAAUGUGAAUUUAAAGGGAGCAUGUUGAGAAAACAUGCGAUAAGAAAAGUGAAAAUCAGCGAAUAAGUUGCUAGAGUUACCGAACAUUCCUUUGGAAAUUAAAUUAAAAGUGAUUUUUUUUGUGAAAAAUUUGUGUCAAGAACAAUGUUAGGAAAGGAAUAUUGACACCAAUGGACCACAGACCAGUAUCAGAAGGACCAUUCAAGCACUUGGUAAUUAGUUUUCAGAUAAUGGGUCAGCUGGUACAUCUGUAACACUUAAAGUGCACACAAGGAAGGUUUUAUAAUAAAUUACAAUGCUAAAUUUAUAAUUGUUUUUAAUUUAAAAUUGUUAUAAUUGUUUCCAAUUCAGGGGUUUUUAACAUUUUAAAUGGCUGAUAUAAAAACUUUGCUGAUAUAAAAAUUAUUUGAUCAGAUAUGCACAAAAAUAAAAAUACAUUUAAUGAAUGUGCAUUAUAGUGCAAAAUGUUCCUCUCUCUCUCGAGUUAUCUAAAUGAGUUUAUUGUCAUUUAAUGACUUUUCUGAGAUAAACGUAAUUGCGCUCAAGGUUUCUCAGUUUGAGCGAUUACAUGAGACAUGAUCCGUUAGUAUGUUGUUCUAUAUCUUUUAUCAUUCCUUCUAAUUUUCAGUCAUGAUUACUUCAACUAGACGCAAAAAGGAAGAAAUGGACUUUAGUCAAGAGCCGCUCAAGUCAUAGCAAUAAGUCAAGCCACAUCAAAAAAGUUAAAACUAUAUUUAUUGUUAAAUUAUAAAAGAGCAACAUGGCAUCAUGACUUUUGCGUAAACAUUAACGCCAGUAUCAAGUCAAGUUGUGUGAUUUCUAUACGCAUUUUGAGCUAUCCGCAUGUAUGCAUAGUCUACGCCGUUAAAUGUCCGAGUGAUUCGGUUUCACGAGUUCACACUUACAUACAAUUAAAGGGAAUAAAGUAUAAUGCGUAUUUGGCGUGCUGUACGAGGGGAGGGCUCCGAGCUCGGAAUUCG